UCUCUGUAUAAAACAAAGAAGGGAAGAGGGAGAAGGAGAGGCGACCGCGUUUGAUGUUCACGACGUCGUUUAUUCUCUCUCGCUCCUCCUUUCUCCUGUCAAUUGAUUUGCCUCCUUAUAUUAUAGUAUAUAUAUAUAAAUUAAUUGGAUUAAGAUUUCUUAUUUGAUUAUAAGGAGAAUUCAUUUCCUGGAGAGAUCUCUUAUUUCUCGUCUCUUCCUUUCACGUUAAGUAUUCUGAGCAAGAAACCAUGUCGUACGCCUAUCUAUUCAAGUACAUCAUCAUCGGAGAUACUGGAGUCGGAAAGUCAUGUCUUCUGCUGCAGUUUACAGACAAAAGAUUUCAGCCUGUUCAUGACUUAACGAUUGGAGUUGAGUUUGGUGCCAGAAUGAUCACAAUUGACAACAAGCCAAUAAAACUACAGAUCUGGGACACGGCUGGUCAAGAAUCAUUCAGGUCGAUUACAAGGUCUUACUACAGAGGUGCUGCUGGGGCUCUGCUUGUUUAUGACAUUACACGGAGGGAAACUUUUAACCACCUUGCCAGUUGGUUGGAGGAUGCACAGGUGAUGCUUGUGCUCAUAGGCAAUAAGUGUGAUUUGCCUGUGAGCACUGAGGAGGGUGAGCAAUUUGCCAAAGAGAAUGGCUUGAUAUUCAUGGAGUGCUCUGCAAAAACUGCUCAGAAUGUUGAAGAGGCAUUUAUAAGCACUGCUUCAACCAUCUACAGGAAGAUUCAGGAUGGAGUUUUUGAUGUGUCAAAUGAGUCUUAUGGAAUCAAAGUCGGAUAUGGUGGCAUCCCAGGGCCAUCAGGAGGAAGAGAUGGCGCAGCUGCUCAAGGAGGUGGCUGUUGUAGUUGAAAAGGGAAAUGGUCACUAAUCAUGUUUUAUGGUUUUUUAUUGUUGGGUUUAUAGGUUCCAAAAGUUCAAUUGUCCGUCUGCUUACUUGCUAUUUUUCGUUUUUUUCUCUGGAAUUUGUUGUCUAAAUCUAUGAAAUAUGGGAAGAUAAUAAGUUUAAGGAAUUGGUUGGUAUAUAGGAAAUUGUUUGUUCUUGUGGAAAUUUAAGUCCCAACUUUGUAAAAGUGGAAGCUUAACUCAGUUGUGAAUAGAGUUAUGUUGUUUUCCAAAGCUUAUGUGUGAUUUCAUAUCCUGUUUCCCUGUA